AUGAGGAGAGUCAUUCUGCUCUUUAUAACUUUGACAUUAUGUACAUCGGUCAGAGCUGAUUUAAAAAAAUAUUUUUCAACUCCCAUGAAAAGAGCGGUUGAUCUUGAUCCAACCAUUGUUCCUAUAUCCUAUGAUUUACAGUUACAGUUACCUUUGUCUGAGGUUAAUGAACCAUCUAUACCAUUGUUCACCGGUCAUGUUGUGCUUCAUUUUGAUUUAACAAGUGAAAUUGGAUUGUUGAAUCCAAUAGUACGAGAAGAUCAAGGAAAAGGAGCUCAAAUCGCUUUCUUGAUUGAUCGACUUGAUCAUUUUGAAAAUGUUUCUCUUGUUCAUAAUGGAUCAGAAGUUAUAAUAAGCAAUGUUCAAUUAACCGAAACGGAAAUGCAGAUUACGGUAGCACAGCCUGUGUUAUUUGUCGGACGGUACACUUUAAGUGUUGGCAGAUACAAAGGUUUUAUAGGCACUGCUCUUUACUAUAGAGAUGCCGGUGAGCAUGCUGUGUUUGGAUCAUCUUUCUCGAGAGCUGCUGCUGCAUUUCCUACAAUUCAUCCGAGAACUCAAAAGGUAACUUUCUCUAUAUCAGUGAUUCAUCCUGCUGAUACGUUAGCUGUAAGCUCGGCUCCUAUUGAAUCUUUACAGUUGAUUGAUGAUCAUUGGCAGGUUUCAUCCUUCAGAACUUCCUCACCAAUAGUACCUUCCCUUCUGGCCUUAGCUCUGAUACCUCAAGAGUAUCAUAUAUUGCACAAUACAUAUACGGGAAUAAACUUGACAGUUCAUUAUAAUGAGCACAGAGUUCAAUACGGUCAAGCAAAGCAGUUAUUGGGAACUCUCACGCAGAUUAUUACAAACUUGAAACAACUGUUCUCUUCUAUAAUGGCCAUGCCCAAAUUGGAUGUUGUCGUCAUAAAUGAUGUGCCACCAUCCAACUCUUUUGGGACUAUUAUCCUUCCAGAAGGGCAAUUCUUCUCAUUUGAUUAUGAAAAUCAAAUUUAUCACUUGACAAUGGCUGUUGCCAGACAUUGGAUAGGUGGAUUGAUAUCUAUAGGAUCAGAGAGAAAUUUGUGUUUACAAGAGGACUUACUCUCUUACAUCGCUUAUAAGGUUGUCAAAAGACUAACGAACGAUGAUCAUAUUAGGCUUGCUCACUACGCAAAGGUCAGCUUAACGGAAGGUCUCUUCGAGCCAGGAUUUUCUCUGCAUCUGUCAGAGCCUGUGGAUGAUUACAAAAUUCAAGCGAGAUGCAGUCUCAAAGGAGUAACGAUGCUUGAGUCUUUAGAAUUUAUUGUCGGAGAAGCAAAGCUCAUGAAAUCUUUGAAUCUGAUGAUCUAUCAUUCACCCAGAACAUUGAUUGAUAUGAAUGUGUUAGAAGGUUUUUUGAACCGAACUAUUGACGAUGGGAUUGGAUCUGCUUUGCUUAUGAACUUCUGGAGAGAUCACGGUGGGUUACCAAACAUACAGGUUGAUCGAUUCAAUAACUCUAUCAAAAUUCGUCAACUCCUUGACAACAGCACAGUAGAGAGAGGCUUGGGGCAAUAUGAGAAGAUGACGUUAUGGCCUUUAACAUUGGAGUUUACCGAGUUUAAACUUCCUGUUUAUCUCAUGCUCAGCCAGGGGAUCCAUUUGGCUCCAGUCCGGGAUGGACUUGCUCUGGCUAACUUAGGCUUUGGACAUUUCUACCGAGUGAACUAUGAUUCAACCACAUGGAAAGAAAUCCUCGAUCGCGUUAGUCAUAACACUACAAACUACACGUUGAGGGAAAGGUCACAGCUCCUAUCGGAUUUUUGUUAUUUUUACUCGGCUGGUGCUCUCGAAGAGCCAUUGGCAACUAUCCUACGAGAUGAAUGGCUUCAUCUCAUUCGACUUCAACCAUCACAGUUUCCUUUAUGCGAACUGUCUGCUUUCAGAUGUCUGUUAGUUGAAGAUAGUAAACCGCUGACAGAAGCUAAUACAGGGCAAAUUAGGAAAAGACUUUUCGAUGCAUUAUCAUCGUCGGUAGAAAUGAAUUGUGGAAAAGGAGCUGUUCAUGACGCAGUUAACCAAUUAUGUAUUGAUCUCUUUGACAGACAUUGCUUUUAA